GUUUGAACAAGCUUUUAUCAACAGCAUGAUCCGUAGCAUGGUAAAAUCUGAGAGAACAUAUUUUUGGAUAGGAUUGCAAGACCUUAACAACACAGGAGAAUACUUUUGGCUAAGUACAGCGGGAAAGAAUCGCUCUGUGAGCUACACAAACUGGAACAAGCACCAGCCCCGUCAUUCUGGAGGAUGUGUGGCUAUGCGAGGGCAGCACCCCAUUGGUUAUUGGGAGGUGAAAAGCUGUAAGAACUUCAAAGCAAUGUCAUUGUGCAAGCAAAAAAUCAAUUCUUAUGAAGAACCUGAACUUACUUUUCAAAAACAUUUGAGUUCCUGCUAUUUUGGAUGGGAGUCAGAAGCUAAUCUGCUCAACUGCUACAAGAUAUUUCACAAUGAAAAGGUUCUGAUGAGAAGAACAUGGGAUGAAGCAGAAGCGUUAUGCCGAGAUUUUGGAGCACAUCUUGCUAGUUUUAGCCAUAUCUAUGAAGAGACAUUUUUAAACAAUUUAUUAUAUACAAUUUUUGAUAGGACAGAAGACAGACAGUUCUGGAUUGGAUUUAAUAAAAGAAACUCGCUUUCUGGAGGGACAUGGCAGUGGUCUGACAGAACACCUGUUGUAUCUUCAUUUUUGGAGAGCAAGUAUAUUGAAGACGACUCAAGAAACUGCGGUGUGUUCAAAGUAAAUAGAACAGUCUUUCCAGCACACUGCAAUGAAAAGCGUGAAUGGAUAUGCAAAAUACCAAAAGGUGUUAAACCAAAGAAUCCAAAUUGGUACAUAGCUGAACUGCCGUGGUCAUAUUAUCAAGGAGCAGAGUAUCUUUUCCAUGUCAGUCCUACGGACUGGGAAACCUAUGAGUUUGUCUGUGGCUGGCUUCGCAGUGGAAUGGCAACAAUAAAUUCUUCUGGUGAACAAGCCUUUAUUCAAAAUAGAAUUAAGAAGCUAUCGAAUAGUGAUGUUCACUGGUGGAUUGGAUUGCAUGCAGAAAACCUUGGCGAUGAAUUUCGCUGGAGAGAUGAAUCACCACUAACAUACCAGAACUGGAAUGAAGGGAGGGAGAGAGAUCCGCAGAAACCAGGGAAAAGAUGUGGCUUCAUUUCAUCACAAACAGGACUCUGGGGUGAUGAAAACUGUACUGUCUCUCUUCCCUGUAUUUGUAAACGUAAAUUUGCAUGGAAAAUAGAGAAAGAGAUUCCAAAAGACCCGAACCAACAAGGAACAUGUCCCAAAGGAUGGUUGCACUUUGGAUUCAAAUGCUUUUUGAUACAAAUUCCAAAGGAUCCAGAGCAUCUGAGAAACUGGUACUCUGCACAAGAGUUCUGCAGUAGCUAUGAUGGGUCACUCGCUUCCCUCGAAGAUGAACUGGAACAAGCUUUCAUAACAAUGAAUCUAUUUGGACGGAAAACUAGUGUUUGGAUAGGUUUCCAGAGUGACGAUUAUGAAAAAUGGGUGAAUGAAAAACCUCCGAUGUAUUCUAACUGGUCUCCAGUUGAAGUAGUGGAUAGACAGCGUUAUAACAGUGCAAACAUUCAAGAACAACUUCCACUAUGUACAUUGGUAUCAAAUAAUCCUAAUUUUUAUUUUACGGGAAAAUGGUACUUAGAAAGCUGUCAGAAGAAUUAUGGGUUUGUGUGCCAAAAGACUCAGGACACAUCCAGACAUGUCAUCAAUGCGUCUGAAAUGUACCCUGUGCCAGAUACUUUAGAAUAUGGAAACAGAACAUAUAAACUAAUACGUGGGAAUUUUACAUGGUCCUCAGCUUUAAAAACGUGCAUGGCAAAUGGCGCAGAGUUGGUCAGCAUCACAGACCAGUAUCACCAAGCUUUCCUCACGGUCAUUGUGAAUCGGCUGGGAUACAACCACUGGAUUGGGCUGUUCACUUCGGAUAACGGGCUUAACUUUGAAUGGUCAGAUGGGACCAGGUCUUUGUUUACCUUCUGGGAAGACGACGAGUCCCAGGCCUUUGGCAGCUGUGUUUACAUUGAUACUUCGGGGCACUGGAAGAGUGCUAACUGCGAACGACUUCUGCAAGGAGCUGUUUGCCAUGUGCCACCUAAAAAGAAACUCACUGCCUAUAAAGGCUUAUGUUCAGAAAAAACUGUUCCCUGGAUCAAAUUCAAAAACAGUUGCUACAGCUUUUCCACAGUUCUGCAGGGCACAAGUUUUGAUACUGCGUAUGAAGUUUGCAAAAAUCAAGGUUCAAAUCUACUGACUAUUCAAGAUGAAGAUGAAAAUGCUUUCAUUCUGGAAGAAUUGCACAGUUUUGGUUAUUCUGUGCAAAUGGUUUGGUUGAACAUCCUGCUUGUUACAGACAAUGAGACAAUCUCCUGGUUUGAUGGCUCUCCCUUAAAUUAUUCUAACUGGGGCAUCAGGGAGCCUGAAUUUGAUCAUCUCAAAGGGAAUUUCUGUAUCAGCCUGAGGACCACAGAUGGAGUCUGGCGAUUAUCUCCAUGCAAAGAAAAAAAGGGAUUUGUAUGUAAAAUGGAUGCAGAUAUCGAUGGAACAGAAAAAUCUGGAAAUCCACCAUACCGUGGGCUUGCAGCUCUGGCUGUUCUUGUGACAUUGGUGAUGCUGGCUGCCAUUUCCCUUUUUCUGUGGUGCCUGUACAAACAGAAUAACCGACUCUUCCGCAGGAUGCUGUGGGUCAGAAACGCCUAUUUGCCGCAGAUCAACGCUGACGUUCCUGCUUUGGAAGAAAGCAUCCUCAUUUCUGAUUUUGAGAGAAGCGACAAUUAA